AUGGCUUACGCUGCUGCCUCUCCGUCCGCCUUGAAUGGCGAGACUCAACCGGAUCCAAAAGUCCCGUCAAUCUCGAAACCUAAGCAUACAAAACUCCCUCGUGUCAUCACAUCUCUUCCCCUAGCUCCGGCUCCUGCUUCGGCUCCUGUUCCUACUCGUACAUCACCUCUUGCGACCACUCCGAACUCCUUGUUUCCUACCUACGUUCCUUCCAAUGCUUCUAGCCCUUCCGGUACCCCCCUACAGACUGCCGCAGACGGGUCUUGCUGUCGUGUUCCAUCUUACCCACUCGCCAACCCAGGUCCUUUCGAACUCGGUGAUUCUAUGAUGGGAGCUCCGGAAAAUGACAAUGCUUCAGGUGAUACCGUCAUUCCCAACCCGUUCAGAGGACCUGGUUUGAUGCGUCGUAUAUCUCGAGGCGCAGCCAACAAGCUCACGCGGAGGAGGGCAUCGGCUUCCCAAAAUGAAAAGCGCGACCGCAGCUCCGGUCCCGUCAUCAUGCGUCGUCGCAGGGACAGUAAAACCAGCACACAAGGUCGGGAAAGCGCCCUUGAUUCGAGUAACGAAGAUGACAGUAUGGAGGCCCUCGAUUCUCUGGGUGCCUGGCGCGGAGCCGAACCGUGCAGUCUUUCUAAUGAAGAUAUACUACCUACCCCUGGUGGCGCUGUGGCAGCCCCAAAGGCUGAUUCGGCCAUCCAGCGCGGUACCCUGUUGACGAAAGUAACCAAGAAACGGCGGAAACAGGUACAAUUCUUUCUGGACCUCGACACCGCCAAAGUCUACUGGGAUGUCUCCAACCCAACCAAGCGGUUUUACAUCGACGACAUGAAAGAAAUACGCGUCGGGGCGGAUGCCCGCAACUACCGCGAAGAACACCAGGUCUCCGAAGAUGCAGAAAGCCGCUGGUUCACGAUCAUCAUUCUCGACUCUGAACGGUCUAAGGGCCGUACAGUCAAGACAUUGCAUCUAAUCGCUCCAAACCGCCGCAUUCUCGAGCUUUGGACCACAACUUUGGAGCACAUUUCGCGAUACAGAAUCGGCCUCAUGGCUGGCUUGGCUGGUUCCAGCCAGAGUGAGGCGGUUUUGAAGGCUCACUGGCAGCGUGAGAUGUCGAGAAUUUUUCCACAGGGCCUCAGGCCUGAUGAGGAAGAAAGCCUCAACUUUGGAGCUAUUGAGAGCGUGUGUCGCAGUUUGCACAUUAACUUCUCGAAGAACAUGCUUCGCGCUCAGUUUUCCAAAGCAGAUGUUGGCCAAAAAGGGAGACUGAAUUUCACCGAGUUCAAGGACUUCCUCAAGCGGCUGAAGGAGAGGAAAGAUAUCAAGGAGAUCUACAAAGCGCAAGCUGCAGACCAUAAAGCCGGUCUUACAGUCGAUGAAUUCCUGUCCUUCUUACGCAACGAACAGAGGGAAGAUGUUGACUCAGAUUGUGCUCACUGGGUUUCGAUCUUUGACAAGUUCGUUCGGAAGUCGAAGCCGCGUGGCGCUAAUGUUCCCGAAUGCCCAGUGACCCAGGAUUCGCCGCGAAUGGGCCUGGAUGCUUUCUCCUCCUACAUAACAUCGGCUUGCAAUGGCAUCUAUGCAUCCAAGCCACCCCAAUCAAGGUUCGAUCGGCCCUUGAACGAGUAUUUCAUCUCAAGCUCUCACAACACCUACCUAUUGGGACGUCAAGUGGCUGGAGCGUCCAGUACCGAGGCGUAUAUCACCGCUUUGACGCAGGGCUGUCGUUGUGUGGAGAUUGAUUGCUGGGACGGUGCCGAUGGCCGACCGAUCGUGUCGCACGGCAGGACCAUGACCACCAGCGUUCUAUUUGCGGAUUGCAUCUCGGUCAUUAACCGUUAUGCGUUCGUGGCCUGCGAUUUCCCCGUCAUUUUGUCCCUCGAAGUUCACUGCAAUCCAGACCAACAGCUAGCAAUGGUAAAGAUCAUGAAGGACACCUUCAAGGAAAAGCUCAUUCUAGAGCCUUUGAUCGCGAAGACCUUUAUUUUGCCAUCGCCUGAAGAACUGAAGGGUCGGAUUUUGGUCAAAGUCAAGACGUGUGAUGAAAUCGAGGGAAGCAUGCGACAAGAUUCAGCACCCUUCUCGACAGCUACGACCGUCGCCACUUCACCCAUCACGGGGCGUAAGCGUAGUUCGAGUUCGCCUUUCCUGCGUCCAUCAGCAGCCGAUAUUCCUAUUCCCGCCAGCCUUCCCCCUCUUUCCAGUCCUCCCACUAUUCAACCCGAUGGACCAGGUCCCAUGAUAACACAAGAAAGACGGUCGCUCACAACGACAAGCAUGAGCAGUGCCACUGAUGACAGCGACAGUGCUCUGAUGUCUAUCACACAGGACAAGAAACGGCGCCAGAAGAGCAAGAUUACCAAGCCUCUCUCGGACUUGGGUGUCUACACUAAAGGUUACAAGUGGCACAGCUUCACAUCUGUCGACAGUCAGCGCUACAACCAUGUGUAUUCUUUUGCUGAACGGUCGUUCGAGAGCAUUUGCCGUGAACACGAGAACAAGGUCAUGUUCGAAAAACACAACCGAAAGUACUUGACGCGAGUCUAUCCGUCUGGUUUCCGCUUGCGGUCUUCCAACUUUGAUCCUCUCAAGUUUUGGCGGCGCGGUGUGCAAAUGGCUGCCCUCAACUGGCAAACGUACGACAUUGGUAUGCAGUUGAACCAAGCUAUGUUUGCUGCAGGCACCGAUCGCACGGGGUAUAUCCUCAAGCCAGAGAGUCUUCGCGUCUCCGACCCAUUCGACGCCGAAAAGAAGCUCAAGGCCGAACGGAAGCGUGUCGAGUUCUCGGUUGACGUGAUUUCGGCCCAGCAACUGCCCCGCCCAAGCAGCAUCGGACCCGAUGACAACAUCAAUCCGUAUAUCGAGAUUGAAAUGUUCAGUGCUGAUGAUCGUGGCCAGAGUCGGGUUGUUGGAGAAGGGGGCAUGAAUGCUUCUGCGCGCAACGGCAUUUCUGGACUCGGUUUCCCACACAGGCGGCGCACCAAGAUUGAACAAAGCAAUGGGUACAGCCCCAUCUUCAACGAUCGUUUCAAGCUGUCGCUUGACACUAAGUAUCCCGACUUGGUAUUUGUCCGUUGGGUUGUCUGGAGCUCUCCCGAUGGACGCACUCCUGGCAACAACAGUGUCCAGUUGGCCACCUUCACGGCAAAGCUUAGCAGCUUGUCUCAGGGCUACCGAUAUCUGCCCUUGUAUGACGGCAGUGGUGAUCAGUUCUUGUUCUCGACCCUUUUCUGCAAGAUCGCCAAAAAAGAGCCCGUCCCUGUUGCGCGAUCGGAGGUCGAAGAACUCAGGGCGGAGAGAAUGGGUAUUCUCCGACAGAUCAGUCAAACCGUCUUCAAGCGUGGUACCUCCACUGAACGGGAUAGGGAUCAACAGUCGGAGAAGGGCAGCGAGUCUUUCGCGAGCCCGGAAGACAGAUACACAACUUCUCCAGUUUUAACUCCUACCGUUUCUGCUACAUCAACGACAUCAUCGUUGCCCCUAUCAUAG